CACAAGAUUUUCAUCCAAAAUUGGAUGAAAACUUUUAAUGGCUUUUUUUUAAUCAUAUAUAUUUAUUCUUAUAUCCUUUCUUAAAUAAUUACUUUACGCGAGUUGAUAGGCAUAAUAUGUUUUAUAAAAAAAUAACAAUUAAAAAAAACAUUCGGAAAUGUUCGGUCUUUUUUCAAAUUGAAAGUAGGAUUUACAAAUUACAAUAUCAACAUGGAUGUGUUGUUAGCUAUUCAGACAUGUAUCGAACGUUUUGCAUUUUUUCCUUUUAUGGAAUAAAAUCGUUUAUUUUCUAAACAAAUGAAACAUGUUGCUGGAAUUUCUUUUAAAGGUGUUCCGUCCAUUUUGUAAAUUGCAAUCACGUGCCGUUUCUAUCAUCACGUGAUAUUUGUGAAGGCAGUGAUUACUGUACUGCAAGGGAAGUAACACUGCGCGGAGUUUGCUAAGCGGCCUUGACUCUUCAAAGUUUAGUUUCGUAUAACAACAUGGCAGUUGACAAGAUCGCAAUUUUGUUUCUUUUUGGAAUUUUUGCAUUUACAGAAGCUGGAACCAAAUUAAAUCCGGUGGUUUUAGUGCCUGGCGAUGGAGGGAGCCAGUUUCAAGCCAAGCUGAACAAGCCGACCACAGUGGCGUCUUACUGCAUCAAGAAGACUGACUACUACUAUGAUCUGUGGCUGAACCUGGAGCAACUCGUGCCCUUCCUCAUUGACUGCUUUGUGGACAACAUGAGGCUGGAGUAUGACAACGUGACCAGAACCACGAGGAACUCUCCUGGCGUUGAUGUGAAGAUCCCUGGCUUUGGAGGAACAGAGACAGUGGAAUGGCUUGAUCACUCACAUAUCUCACUGACUACAUACUUCCAUAACAUUGUACAGGCAAUGACAACAUAUGGCUAUGAGAGAAAUGUGACUGUGUUUGGGGCGCCCUUCGACUUCAGGAAAGCACCAAAUGAAAUGAAGCUAUUCUUUGUGGAUCUCCAACAAUUGAUAGAACGAGCCUACUACACAACCGGCAACCAGAAGGUCUUCUUGCUAGCACACAGCAUGGGAAAUCCCGUAACUCUCUACUUCCUCAAUCACAUGACCAAUGCGUGGAAGGCAAAGUUCAUCCAGAGUUUUAUAUCGCUGGCGGGCGUCUGGGGUGGGGCAGCUAAACCUAUACGCCUCAUGAUUUCAGGUGACAAUCUGAAUGUCCCGAUUGUCAAGUCAGUGAAUGUGAGGCGAGAACAGCGAAGUAUGCCGAGCACAGCCUGGCUCAUGCCGUCGGACCAGUUUUGGGGACCAGAUGAGGUCCUUGUCAUGGCUCCAACCAGAAACUACACCAUCAGAGACUAUAAGCAACUCUUCAAGGAUAUUAAUUAUGAAACAGGGUACAUGAUGUGGGAGGACACGCAUGCCCUGAUAAACCCCCUCAAAGCCCCUGGGGUAGAGAUGCACUGUCUCCACGGGGUCAACGUAACCACUCCUAAGGCGUUCAGGUACACCAACAAGACCUGGCACGAGAGCUACCCGGAAACCAUCCCUGAUGAUGGAGAUGGAACAGUCAACAUACGAUCUCUGCAUGGCUGUCUCAAGUUCAAAAAGAUGCAAAAACAGCCAAUAUAUCAUAAAGAAUUUGACAAGGCUGAACACAUGCAGAUCUUAAACUUGAAAAGUGUGAUUGAUUACCUCAAAAAAGUGUUUGUCAAGAGCUAAGACAAACAGAAAUUCAUCAUGUUACCAUGCAUCCAUGUGAUGAAUUUCUUGUUGAACUGAUGGGUGAAUGGAGGAAGCUUUAUGGUAUUAUAAACAGUCUCAUGAUUCCUAGAUCUUGUGAUAUAUAGGGCCAUUUGUUCAGAACCUAACAACUUUGCUAACAUGAUUGUGGUUGACUUUCAAAUCUUUAUUGCUAUGAAUACUUAAUUGUGAUCUGAAGUACCUCUUACUCACAACUUAGACAUAUGUCACAGCUUUUCUUGUUUUAUUGAAAUAUAUUGGCGCAUUAUAAAAUGUUUCACCUUCAAAAGUUAACAAUCCAGUUAACAAAGAUGUUAAUGAACAAUCUGCCCAUUGUUGAGUGUUUGUCAUCCAUACCUCAUACUCAUUUUUGUGCCACUUUUAAGAAAUUACCUUGCUUUUAUGUAAAGAGAUACUUCUUCCUACUAAAUAUCAUGUUAAAACCUAACAUUUACUUGUGGAGCUCUUGUGAUAAGCCAUCCAUCAUGAUGAGGCAAAGAUGUGUUCGUGCAUACUUCAUAUUAAUAUAUAUGCUUAAUUUAUAUUGAUAAUCCAUUAUAUUAAUCUGCAUGGAUUCCAUUUUUUUAUAAAACCUUAAUAAUGCUACUAUUAUGGGAAAUAUAUCAAAGGGAGGUAAUAAAAAAUACUAGGAUUAUAUAGCAAUUAAUUAUUAAUUUGGUUCUAAAAUAACAUUAUGCCUAUAUCGGAUAAAGCUCUUGGGUGUAAAAUAGAAAAAUAUUUGAACUUUUUGUAACUUUCAAAUGAAACUUAACCAGUAGCAUUUUUUAUAUUAUGAUGGAUGGUUUACUGUCAACGAAGUGAUGUUAUCAUUACAGCUUCAACAGGAUCAACUUAGUAGCAUUUGAAGUUAGUUGGGUUUAGUUAUUUGCAUUGGGAUGGAGCUGAUUUUAAGCUGAUUAACUUAACAUUUCUUUUUGCAUUGGGACAUUAAUAGCAAAAACCAAAAGUGAAUUUGAUUUUUGACAUUUUAUAAGCAUUCUUGUUCCAUCAAAUAAGAGCCGCAUCGCGCGAUUUUGGGCCUUCGGAUAUAAUUAUUACAAAUGAAAUAAUCAUUAAUAAAAAAUGCCAAAAAUAAUGAUUUUUCCUAUGUAAAUCAAUUUCUUCCCGACUUCUUUCUCUCUAAGGUUCGUCAUUGGUGCAUCAUUUUCUCGACAAUUUAUGACCAUUAGUUAACUCAUGUUUCCAUGGCAACCAUGGAUUUUGUCCCGACAUAUUUUGACUGGAUUGAUAGUCUGUGUUAAAAACGGCCAAAUGUAUUAAAAAUACAAAAAUGAUUCAUUAUUAUGCCCCCUUUUGAAAAAAGUGGGGUAUAUUGUUUUGCACAUGUCGGUCGGUCGGUCGGUCGGUCGGUCGGUCGGUCGGUCUGUCGGUCGGUCGGUCGGAAUACCAAAUGGUUUCCGAUCAAUAACUUGAGAACGCUUUGACCGAGGGACCUCAUACUUGGUAUGUGUAUUGGUCAUCACCAGCAGAUGAACCCUAUUGAUUUUGAGGUCAGUGGGUCAAAGGUCAAGGUCAGUGUGACCUUUACAUGAAAAACGGUUUCCGAUCAAUAACUUGAGAACGCUUUGACCCAGGAACCUCAUACUUGGUAGGUGUAUUGGUCAUGACCAGCAGAUGAACCCUAUUGAUUUUGAGGUCAGUGGGUCAAAGGUCAAGGUCAGUGUGACCUUAACAUGAAAAACGGUUUCCGAUCAAUAACUUGAGAACGCUUUGACCCAGGGACCUCAUACUAGGUAGGCUUAUUGGUCAUGACCAGCAGAUGAACCCUAUUGAUUUUGAGGUCAGUGGGUCAAAGGUCAAGGUCAGUGUGACCUUUACAUGAAAAACGGUUUCCGAUCAAUAACUUGAGAACGCUUUGACCCAGGGACCUCAUACUUGGUAGGUGUAUUGGUCAUGACCAGCAGAUGAACCCUAUUGAUUUUGAGGUCAGUGGGUCAAAGGUCAAGGUCAGUGUGACCUUUACAUGAAAAACGGUUUCCGAUCAAUAACUUGAGAACGCUUUGACCCAGGGACCUCAUACUUGGUAGGUGUAUUGGUCAUGACCAGCAGAUGAACCCUAUUGAUUUUGAGGUCAGUGGGUCAAAGGUCAAGGUCAGUGUGACCUUAACAUGAAAAACGGUUUCCGAUCAAUAACUUGAGAACGCUUUGACCCAGGGACCUCAUACUAGGUAGGCUUAUUGGUCAUGACCAGCAGAUGAACCCUAUUGAUUUUGAGGUCAGUGGGUCAAAGGUCAAGGUCAGUGUGACCUUUACAUGAAAAACGGUUUCCGAUCAAUAACUUGAGAACGCUUUGACCCAGGGACCUCAUACUUGGUAGGUGUAUUGGUCAUGACCAGCAGAUGAACCCUAUUGAUUUUGAGGUCAGUGGGUCAAAGGUCAAGGUCAGUGUGACCUUAACAUGAAAAACGGUUUCCGAUCAAUAACUUGAGAACGCUUUGACCCAGGGACCUCAUACUAGGUAGGCUUAUUGGUCAUGACCAGCAGAUGAACCCUAUUGAUUUUGAGGUCAGUGGGUCAAAGGUCAAGGUCAGUGUGACUGUAAGCUGAAAAAAGGUUUUCUGAUUGUCCAUAUUUUUUUAAUGCAUGCACAGAUGAUUGGGAUUGAUGUAUAAAUGUUUGUAUAGAAAUGAUUUUCUUUUAUGUUACUAUUUUAGUUGGGCAUUUAUUUGCCUUCUUAAGUUAUCAUAAGUAGAUGACCUGCCUCAUAUGCAUCCAAUGACAAAUCAGCUGUCAUUUCAGUCCAUGCAUAUUUCAUUCAAUUGUCCAAAUAUUUCUGGCAACUUGGCGCUCAGGGGGCAUAAUGUUUGACAAACAUCUCUUGUUUUUAUCUUAAUUUAUGUUCUUUAAAGAUUAUGUGAUAAGAAAAUAAUUUAAAUCAUCAGCUAGUUUUAAUGUUGAUACGAUAAUUUUGCACGUAAUUUGAAUAAUGCACUUGCGUUACGACGUCAUUUGAAUGAAGUCAAAUUUAGCAUUCAAAAUGCGCAAUACAUGGUCUCACUUGUAAACACGUAACUUACGCAAUUUAAGUGAUAUCAUCAUGAAAUUCUCAGAAUAUCUUCCUGAAAUAUCAUGCCAUUCAAAUACCUUAAAACAUUGUAAUAGUGAAAAUAUGUCCGAAGGCCCUAAAUCGCGUGACGCGGCUCAUAUGGUAUUAUACAGAACAGAGCAAACUAUUUAUAUCAUUUUUAUUAUAUGAUAGCUUUACAUUUUUGUGUGCAUUUUUGUAUAGGAAUAUAUUUACAGUGCAAAAGUGAUUUUACAAAUUUCUGCACACAGUUAAGGACAGCUGUAAUGUACGGGUAUAUCGGCAUGGAGGAACAUGGUAGAAUAUCAGAGUGAUCAGUUUAAACCUCUCAUAUUUGAAUUGCUGCUUAAUUAAAUAUGCAAAUAUUUUUUGAAAAGUGAAAUUGAACUUCAACAGUCACGUGGGAUGUAUGCUGUUUGCAUUUACAAAAGUGAACUGUCAUAAAUCUUUAUUAUUCAUCAUAUUAUUUAAGUGCUAGUUUUGUUUCCAUAUCAUUUUUGUAAACGAAAGAAUGCAAAACUACAGAUUUCUUUCAUAUUUACUUCAUUCACUAAUAUCAGAUUUGUUUGCCCUUUUUUCUGCCACACCCUACUCUUUUUAAAUAUCUGGCUAAAACUUGACCAUGAUUUCUUUUUAUGUCCAAUCUUUUUUACAUGAUAUAAAAACAGACCCUUUUAAAAGUUAACAAUAAGGCCCAUCUCUGCUUGUUGAUUUUCACAUUGUUUUGCCUUUGUUUUGAAUAUCUUUUUUAUAUAGAUUUGAUUGCAAUUGCCUUUAAAUGUAUAUAAUUUUACUUGAUCACUCUAGUUUAUGUUACAGGCCUUCUUUGAUGCAUAAUAUUGUCCUUAUAUUUUGUCACUUUAGUGCAAUAAAUCAAUAACUGCAUAUAGAAAUAGAAGCAGAUAUUGAGUUCUUGCACUAAGUCGGCAAAUUACAUUUGCCUAGUCCUUUGUAAGAUGAAACUUGACGUUAAUAUUGCAUAACACGCAAUGAGGUAUAAGGUCAUUGUUUAUUUCAAUAUUGCUCUCUGAUUGGAUAAGCACAAUGUCAGUUAACAAAUGAUAUACAAUAUUACAAAAAUCAGCUAUUCUUUUGAACAAACACAUGUUGUUGGUUUCAUUUGUUUAUAAGAAUAAAUACUCAAUUGCAGAAGAUAUUGCUAUUUUUUAAUCGUAAUGAAUAAUUAAUUCAAAUGUAAAUUUGAGUAUUGACUAUUGAUAGCAAUUAGGAACAAACCUAUAUAGUUGGAAUGUCCACUUGUUAAUGUCAAUAUUUAACACUGACCCACGUGAAUAUUUGGCUUCCAAUAUUUAACCAAUUAUUGAGAUUCUACUUUAAGCUUUAUUACUAAGACAUUGAAUUUUAAUAUUUUUUUGAUAUAGUAUUUGGCUUUAAAGAUGUGUUGCAUCUGUGUAUACUUUAAUUUCUCUUAUUUACUAUUCUGCUAGUAACAUGCUUGUGAAGGUGCCUUCUUCAUUUGGUGCAAGUCUUGAUAUGUUACACAGACAUGCCAUGCAUGUUCAUGUUUUCAUUUAUGUAUGUUUAAAUUCAAUUAAAUGCCAUGUACCCUUUUAUUUAUGUUAUAUAACAUAUCUAUAUAUAAUGACUAUGAUUGACUUUGGAAACAAUUUGAAAUAUGGUUAAAAAUAUAUAUACAGGUAUGAUUUAUAUAA